GGUGAGGGUUGUAAACAUAUUUACACAGUUUUAUAUAUAUCAAAAAAAAUUAUUUAUCUUAAAGAAAACGAAAAAAAAAAACAAAAAAUUUGAAAAGAAAGCCUUUAUAUUUGACACGAUCUAGAGAGCAAAGGCAAAGGACUUUGACAAUGGAAUUGACCUUGGGCAGCGCCGUCUCGGCGGGGACCCUCACCUCGGGUUCGGUGCUGAUGAAGAAUCGCAAGAUCAAAAACAAGCGUAAUUUGCCGACCUUUGACCUGUCGCUGCAGCAGAAGGUUGACAUCAAAAAGGCCUUCGAUCUGUUCGAUACAGAAUGCACCGGUUUUAUUGAAGUAAAAGAGCUGCGCGUCGCAAUACGCGCUUUGGGCUUUGAGCCGAACAAGGAAGAGAUCAAAAAUAUGAUGGAUGAGAUCGAUAAGGAUAAGACAGGACGCAUUGCGUUCAACGAUUUCUUGCAUCUGAUGCGCUUGAAAAUGGCCGCAAAGGACUCCAAGCAGGAUAUACUAAAGGCCUUCUCCUUUUUCGACGACGAUCGCACUGGCCGCAUCACGUUCAACAAUCUGAAGCGUGUCGCCACCGAGCUGGGCGAGAAACUCACCGACGAGGAGCUGCAGGAGAUGAUCGACGAGGCUGACUUGGACGGCGAUGGUGAGGUGUGCCGCGAGGAAUUCCUGACUGUGAUGAAGAAAACCAAUUUGAUUUAGAAAACGCACAACUCAGGCAGGCUCAAGACACGGCCAGACUCUCGCUUAUACCCGCAACCCACACACAGAGGAAACGACGUUCUACUGCUCGACACUCGCAUCAAUAGCUAGCUAUUCAGAUUUCAGGCAGCCCACAAUAUUUCAACCCUCUACUUAAUCCACCCCCCCAACUAUAUAUAUUGACAUAUCACAAAGUAUUUCUUGAAGAAGUUUGGAUAUGCUUCGGUUUAAUAAAGCACGCGUGCAGGAAACACUGCCAGGUGCUUCCCAA